CUGACAUAUACACGGAUCGAGCUGAUUCGGAGUUGAGCGAUGGGUCGAGUCUCCGCAUAAUCGUAAUAAGACGACUCCAUAUUCCACAUUUGAUCAUGUCAACGAGGAUUCCUGCCUGGCGCAGACUUGGCCUUGCGCUGCAGAGUGAGGCCCGAUCCGGAGUCGCCGUAACUGAGUCCACUGCAUCUCACGGGGGCGAAACCCAGCCUGUAGCAACUCCUGAUGCAGAAAAAGAAACCCAGAAACCUUCUGAGUCUUCCAUCGAGCCUGCCCAAAAUGGAAAAUCGUCAAGGCUUGGCAAACGCAAACACCACCAUGAGGCAGCAGAGGAGAGCGAACCAACAACAUCAAAGAAGAGUCGGACGGUAGCGGAGGACGACCAUGCCCGCGAAGAUGCUGUUGUUCAUGCGCCCAUCGGUACGCAAGAGGACCAUGCUAUGCCAGAUACCACCACAAACGAGCCCUCCUUAGCCACACCUGCAAAAGGAGAUCCAAAUUAUCGCCAAGGAAAAAAGAAGAAGCCCAAGCUUACCCCCAAGGACCGAAAGAAGCUGGCUCAGCAAAAGGAGCCUGCACCUUCACCUGCUGAAGCUGUACCAGUGAGGACAAGAGCAACUUUACUUGCCUCAACUGAGGUCGACCAUCUUCCAGCGCCCUCAUUCUCGACCCCACAGAAACAUCAACCCAUACUCCGGGAUCGUAGCAAAGACUCCUCAGGAUCACCUCCAAGGACAGACCGGCGCAAGUCUGUCGCUUUCACACCUGAUACAAAGAGAGUGGACGGUGAUAGUGGGCAAACGUGGUUCAAAAAGUGGGCAGCUGAGCAGAAGGGAGAAGAGCCUGAAGCUAUAGAACAGCCUAGCUUCACUUCAGCACCAGUGACUACUGAGGAGCCCAAAGAAGCAGCGGAGACCGAAAGGAAGGAGAAGAAGAAGAAGAAGAAGAAGGAUAAGAAGGACAAGACAUCGUCGAAAGAGAAGGAAGCAGCAGCUUUCGCUGCAAGCACUGCAGCCAAAGAAGAACAGGUAGCUGCACAGCCAGCUUCACAGCCAGCGAAGCCUUCGAAAGAUAGCAAGAGCCAAUCUGCAGCCGCCGCAAAGGGCAAGAAGAAGGAUCCCUCCGUCUAUAUCUCCUACCUCACUCAGUACUACAACGACCGCGACAACUGGAAGUUCAACAAAGCGAAACAGAACGACGUCGUAGAUAACGCCCUGAACAUCUUCCGCAUCCCAGACCAGCAUUCUGAAGCACUACUUGAGUACAUCAAGGGUCUGAAAGGUGCAGGUGUCAUCGAGCGACUGAAAGAAAAGACAUUGGCAAUCAUCAAAGAGCUCGACGCAGAAGACGCCAAAGCACCGGCAGAUAUGGACGCAGAUGCCCAGAAAGCCGCCAAGGAGGCCGCCUUGCAAGAGCGCGUCACCAAGGAGAGAAAGCGCAGAAAGGUCGAAGGCGACGUCGAGAGCUUUGCGACCCACCCCAACGGCAAUGCAUACAUUCGACGCAUGCGCCGCAGCCGUGCCGAAGCACUUCUGUCAGCGCUUGGUCGCACAGCGCCGAUUCUGCCGGCCCCCAAGCCGACCACAAGCAUAAACCCCAUGGCUCAGAAUCUUGCGCCGCAGCAAAGGGCCCGCAAGAGCAAGCGCAGGACCGAUAUUUCAAGCGAUGAGAGUAGCUCUGAUAGCAGCAGCGACGACAGCUCGAGUGACGACUCGGACUCCGAAUCUGAGGCUGGCAAUAGCUCGGAUUCGGACAGUGGAAGCGCGAGUGGAACCAGCUCAAGCUCUGAUAGUAACGGGUCUAAUGGGAGCAAUAGCGACAGCGACACCAAGAUACAAACACACAUGUCACUGUCACAGCUCCCAGCAGAACUUAUCGAACAAAUCACUUCAUACCUCGACCUUUCCAGCUUCCGUUCCUUCCGCCUCACAACAUCACACUACCGCACCCAAGCUACCCACAUCUUCAAACACCGCUUCUUCAUAACACAACACCUACAAUGGACGAAAGCCUCGCUCCAACGCCUUGUCGACAUAUCCGCACACCCUGACGUAGGCAAUGCACUGCACCACCUCAUCAUCGAUGCCACACCCAAGUAUUCAUUGGAGCUAUGGAAGACACGUCGGCGCAGCGCAGACGCAGGGCACAUGACACCAGUCACAGAUGAUGAAGAUGGGAGCAAGCUGAUCAAUAGGCUGAAUGGGGAGUUUGAAGAGUUGCAAGAGGAGGCGGAAGAGGUGGCGAAGUGGUUCAAUGAGACGCGCUUCGAUGUCAAAUGCCUCACCACCGUCUUCUCGCGCCUCACUAAUCUAGAGAGCAUCACCUUCUCAUAUACCGGCAUGGAAUCACGCUUCUCAAAAUUCUCUCAUCGCUACUGCUCCACUUCGCAACACGAAAUGAGCCGUCCGUUCAUAUCCACGCUCGCCGCACUCGCUACAUCAGGGGUGAAAGUCAAACAUAUCAAGAUUCACGAUGAGAAUAGGCACGGUGCUGUCAGUAUCGGACGCCUUGAGUGCCUCGCCCCUUCACUCCGAUACUUCGACGCAGCCUUGUCCAAUUUAGAAAUACUGCAGCUCAACCUCCGCGACUGGCGCUCGCCAGACUCAGGCUUCGAACUUGAGCGCACACGCGCGCCGUUCGUCGUCCGCUUCCUGGCGAAGUGCAGAAACGUUCGGUCUCUCGAACUAAGUUGUUACAGCGCGCUUGAGGAGGAUUUGUUUGGGGAGAUGGCGAGGCAUUGUGAGCUUGAAAAGUUGGAGAGGUGCAGGUUGGACCUGUUCCGCAUCGCCCGCGCUCACAACUUACUCUCUUUCCUCGCGCCCUCAUCAACAAGUCUCGUGACCCUGGAGCUAGAGCAUGUUCUGCUGGCUGAUCCUGAGGUAUCGUGGGCAGAUGUGUUCGCCUGCCUCGCGGACUCAACGACGUGUCUCGCAGGAUUGAAAAAAUUGGAGCUCAAUAGGUUAUUUACACAGCGGUUAUCCAGCCCAACCACUUCGCUGAUCAUCGAGGGUGAGAACUGGAGAGAAGAAUGCAAGGACCGUGGAUGCAGAUACAUGGAGUCUGAGGCCGCGAGGAUGUGGGAUGCGGGCGCGGUGUUGUAUCCAUUUGUGGGAUUGGGUUCGUAUGUGUGACCGCCAUAGCCCGCUUCAUCCAUCUCCUUCGAACUCGCGCAAUCUUUCAUCCCCGGCUUGAGCCAUGUCGGCGGAGGGAGAGGAACGGCUGUCGCUGCGAAACGUGGGUGGCACCUUACUUUCCCUUCUUAGCGUUGAGGAUAUAGGACUCCAGACCCCCCC